AACUGCGACCAACACGGCCGCCAGAACAUACGUGCAUCUCUGGCUAAAGCGUUGUCAGCUUACCGUGGCGAAAGUUUUAGCUGCAGUCCUUGGCGGCAUAGGACGGUCGUAGAGAACGAACGACAGGGCUGGGCGAUGAGACGUCGCCGUUGUUUCACGAUGCUUUUAGCAGCAGUACUUGUGCUUGCCAUCACCACUGCCCGAGCGAUGCCUACGGCGGUGACUGCGAAGGCCAUUUCGGACGACGCCUCGACGGAAGCAGUAACGUUCUCGGAUGACCUGCUCACCGUGGAAGAACAAUUCCGAAAAGAGACGACAACAUGGCACACAAGGGCACCAGAGCGCACACACAGCUGGAAGUUCCUGGAGGAACUCAAGUCUACUCCGGCUGCCAAGGACCAGGAGAGUACCAGCGUCGUACUGUUGGAAGACAAUACGCACACGCCUAGCACGCCAAACAGGACCCCUUACGUCAGCACAUCGACGCCAGUUUCAGUUCCGCUUCCCGAAGCCCCAGCCGACGACUCAUAUGACGAUGGUCUCAGCCAUCUAUCAGUCGCUACGAAGUGGUCCAGCUAUUCUAGCGACUUACCCUCGAACUUGGAAACUGAGCCGAAAGUCCGCAGCACUGGCGACAGUUCGCGAGUCCACUCGGACAUCUCAGCCAUACCAGCAAUGACCAAGACGCAUACAGUGACAGCUGGGACAUACCGGGAAUCCGUAUCCGAGGACGCAAUAUCACCGAGCACGUACCCUACAACAGCACCAGCUAAAGUUAUGUCGGAACUCAGUGACACGGGAAACGAGGGGACGUUUUUUGGAGGGUCUGGCACUACUACCCUUGCUGACGUUACGUCAGAACUCAGUAGUGCUGAUUCAUUCAUCGGGAAGGAGGACCUGGUCUCCCGAAAUGCGAAGGCCGAGACCACUGAGCGAGAACGACAACUUAGACCUGACGGCCCAAGUUGGACGUAUGAAGGUGAACCAAUAGGCAGCGGACGCACUGACAGAGGCAAAGUUCCGGCUGUCAUCGUUUCAGCGAGAGCCGACGAGGGAGGCGCCUCUAGCAGUGAGCGUGCAAACCCCGUAGCGCAACAGGGUCAGACGGGUUCCAUUACCCCUGCAUUGCAGGCAUCCGGUGAACAAAGCGCUCCAUCUUCUGGCAUUUCUCAGGUUGAUCAUCUGAUGGCAAGGGCUGGGGAAAAGCCUGACACGGAGAAAGGGGUAGGAGGAUCAGGUUCGCCUCGCGAAGACGCAAGUAAAGCUGGUCAAAAUGAAAAAGAGCCCGCCAAGCGAGCCAGUGCAUCUGCUGAUGUCGGCGACCAACCGCGACAAGACACGCCCGGCACGAGAAACUUGAACACUGAUACAUCGGCUGCGGCACGGGCUGCAAAUGCUCCCGGGCCCUCGUCUCAGCCAGGAAAUCCGUCUGGUCAAGGCACUGGAACGUCAAACAAGCCCCAUGAAGACACAGGAAAACUUGACGCUUCUGCUCUUGCAAAAGUAAGCCAAGCCGGUGUUCCUGAAUUGCCAAGAGCGGAAGAGCCGAAGCCACAGCAAGGGCCAACGGGUAACGGUGGAAAAGGCGACACUGUAAGAAAUGAUGACGCAGCGAACCCUAAGUCGGCAGGUGGUUUGUCUGGUCGGGCAGCAGAUACCACGGAUAAGCCCCCGGAAGCGCCAAGAAAUGCCGACGCUCCCACGGCCGAAGGCACAAACAAGGGCAGCCAGCCUGUGUCACCAAGAGCAGAACAACCGAAGGCUACCGGCGGCGGAUCUGGUCCGGUAGCUGAUGCUACAAACAAGUCACCGGAAGUGCCGAGAAGUUCCGACGUUCCUAUGGGCGGAAACGACAAAGCUAGUCAGCCGGAAUCUCCGAGAGCAGAGCAGCCGAAGGCUACCGGCGGCGGAUCUGGUCCGGUAGCUGAUGCUACAAACAAGUCACCGGAAGUGCCGAGAAGUUCCGAUGUUCCUAUGGGCGGAAACAACAAAGCUAGUCAGCCGGAAUCGCCGCGAGCAGAGCAGCCGAAGGCUACCGGUGGCGGAUCUGGUCCGGUGGAUGAUGCUACAAACAAGUCACCGGAAGGGCCGAGAAGUUCCGAUGUUCCUAUGGGUGGAAACAACAAAGCUAGCCAACCGGAAUCUCCGAGAGCAGAGCAGCCGAAGGCUACCGGCAGCGGAUCUGGUCCGGUAGCUGAUGCUACAAACAAGUCACCGGAAUUGCCGAGAAGUUUAGAUGUUCCUAUGGGCGGAAACAAUAAAGAUAGUCAGCCGGAAACGCCGCGAGCAGAGCAGCCGAAGGCUACCGGUGGCGGAUCUGGUCCGGUGGUUGAUCCUAAAAACAAGUCACCGGAAGGGCCGAGAAGUUCCGAUGUUCCUAUGGGUGGAAACAACAAAGCUAGUCAACCGGAAUCUCCGAGAGCAGAGGAGCCGAAGGCUACGGGUGGCGUAUCUGGCCCGGUAGCUGACGCUACAAACAAGUCACCGGAAGUGCCGAGAAGUUCCGACUGUUCCUACGGGCGGAAACAACAAAGCUAG